AUGGCCAAACUUGAAUUGAUUUUUUGUCCCAAGAAAUAUCCCCUUUUUAAUCCCAAAUUUCUCAAAGUCGCUCAUAAUCUGGUUUCCUUGAGGUUUAUUCAACAUGAGGAUGAAUUUCGAUGUUUUAUUCUGGCUUUGGUUGGCGAUGAAUGGAGGUUGUCUUGUGAUCGUGUUCUUGUAUUUAUUCAAAGAUCACGUUCCAGUUUCUCUGCAUAAUUUCUUCCAGUGGGGCAAAACAGAGACAAACGUAAAGACUUCUUCGUUAUUCAGUCGCCUACUGCAUGUUCCAAACAGUUGGUUCACCCACUUUUACAUAGUUGGAGUAUUAUGGACUACUGGCCUACUUUACUCAGUCAAAAUAUUUUGCAACAAAGAACACGACACGUCAUGGCUAUACUUCUUCAUCUCUCUGAUAACCUCAGGCAGUUCUUAUACCAAUAAUAUAGACUGUUUAUCAGUGGUCAUUGGUCUAGUAUUGCUUCUCAUUCAAGUAUCUCGGAGGUUGUUAGAGUGUGUUUGUAUCAGUGUUUUCACUGGACGAAUUCAUUUGUCUCAUUAUGCUGUUGGCAUUGUCUAUUAUGUUCUUGCUGGAGCAUCAUUGGUUGCACCUUUUAAUAAUAUGGUUUCUGCAGAUUGGUGUAUCUCAUGUGGCAGCAUUCUCCCAAGCCUUCACUGGACACAUGUAGUUGCUGUAACCCUCUUUACAUGGGCUAGUCUACAUCAGUAUAAUUGUCAUGUCAUUUUAGCCCAGCUACGAUCAUCCUCUAGUAACAAAACUAGAAGAGUGUACAGAAUACCAAAUGGGGACUGGUUUGAAUAUGUCUCUAGUCCACACUACUUUGCUGAGAUUUUGAUUUACUUCUCAUUAGUUGUUUUAGAACGAGGACAAAAUGCAUAUUUAUGGUUGAUGCUAGUUUUUGUCAUACAAAACCUUAGUCUUGGAGCAACUGUAACUCAGACCUGGUAUAAUAGCAAGCUCAAGGAAUACCCUAGAAAUAGGUUAAGAAUUAUUCCUUUUAUUUUUUAAAUGGUUUUAGCAUGAAGCUGACUGCUGAAAGAUGGUUGUCAUUGCUUUCAAUCAAAAAUAGUUUGUACCUUUUAGAUUUUUUACUGGCUGUACUGAAAAUCCAAAUUUCAAUGUGCAGCUUGCAACUUCUCAGUUUGCACAAUGUUGAGAACUACUUGUAAAAUAUAAAAUAGAGAUGAUCACACAGGUUGAGAGCAGUUCUCAACUUAUUUAUUAUCGUAUUUAUUCACGAGUUUCCAUGUCAUAUCACAAAYGAGUGAUUCCACGAGCGAUAUGAUAUGGAAAAGUAGUGAAUAAAAAAGAUAUCAGGUUCUUAGAGCGCAAUUAAUUGAUCUGUGAAACACUAAUUACUAAAUAAUACAAAAUCAUGCCAAUUAAACAAUAGAAUUUGCAUGAAAUUGUGCUAUUUAGUAUUACUAAAGUUUCACGGUUAUAUU